AUGAAGAAGAAGAGUGACUGGAGUUCCGGAGAUAUGCUCAAAGCAAAUGCCAAUGGGAAAGCACUCAAUGUUUUUUUUGGAGGAGUAGAUGAAAACCAUUUCAAAUUUGAGAAUCUCAAGAUAAAAGAAGAAGAGAUUAUAACCGUGUUCAACAGCAAACUAAUGGAUAUAGCAAAUCAAGCAUCUCAACUCGAUGAGGCAAGGGAUAUGACAACUAUGAGACUUGAUGAAUUGAUGGGUUCUUUACAAGCCUAUGAGAUGAAUCUGAAUCCAGGCAUAAGAGAAGAAGAUGUAUCCCUAAAAGUUGAAGCAACAAGGCCAAAAGGGCUAAAUUUCAGUGCUUUUGCAAGUCCAGUUACAACAUCAAUUGCAACAUCUGGAGAAACUGUUUGUGAAGAGGCUAGUGGAAAUGAUCUUUUGCAUGGGUAUGAACUCAUGUUAAAUAAACUUGAUGAAAUGUUCAUACAAAACAAAAAACUUGCAAAAGAGUUGAAAGAAUGUCAAGAAAAGCUAAACAAUGCUGAAAAGGCCAUAAACAACAUGAACAAAGGAAAAUCCAAGAUUGAGGAGGUACCUUUUCAAACAAGGGUGACACAACAUCAUAUAAAAGAGACAUCAGGAGGUGACAAAAGUUUUUUGAUGAAUUACAAAGAAUGUCCAAUUGGGCAUGUGACUUUUGGUGAUGGUCAGAAAGGUCAAGUAGUUGGAAAAGGAACAUUGAUGGUUCUUGGGUAUAAAAGACUAAAAAAUAUUUUGCAUGUAGAAGGACUGAAGGCAAAUCUUCUGAGUAUAAGUCAAUUAUGUGAUCGAAAUCUGGUGGUAAAAUUUACUCAGGACAGAUGUGUAGUCUAUGAUGAAGCUGAACUUGGACAUCCAAACUUCAGGAACUUGAUGAAGAUUACAGAAAUGAAAGCUGUUAAGGAGUGCCCAAGCUUACAAAAAAGGAAGAUGGUGUAUGUGGACCUUGUCAACUGGGAAAGUAAAGUCACGCUUCUUACAAAGUGGUACACUUGGGUGGACUUCCUCAAAGAGAAAUCAGAAACUUUUGAAGCUUUCAAGAAGUUAUGCAUGCAACUCCAAAAUGAGAAAGAGUGUCAAAUAGGAAAGAUUGUCAGAAUCAGAAGUGACCAUAGAAGAGAAUUUGAAAAUGCUCAGUUUGUAAAAUUUAGCAAGGAAUAUGGGAUUCAUCAUGAAUUUUCAACUCCAAAAAAUCCACAACAAAACAGAGUGGUUGAAAGGAAGAAUCGCACUCUCCAAGAGAUGGCUAGAGUUAUGUUGAAUUCAAAGAAACUCUCUACAAGAUUUUGGGCGGAAGCAAUCAAUACAGCAUGCUAUAUCAUCAAUAGAGUAUACAUUCGGCCUUCAACCAACAUGAAACUAGAUCAGCUGGGAAAAUUUGACAGGAAAAGUGAUGAAGGAUUAUUCAUGGGGUAUUUUACUACUAGUAGAGCCUAUCGGGUGUUCAAUUCAAAAACCAAAAAGACUCAAGGUGCAUCAAGUGAGCCAAACAAGCUUAUCACUCAGAAUUGUGAAUCAGCAGAUGAAGAGCUACAGGAAGUUCAAGAAGUUGCAACACAGGUUACAACACCAACUACAACAACAGAAAUUGCUCAGGAUUCAGACAAACAGCAGGUUAUAACUGAUGUUGCAACUGAAGUUACAACAGACAAAAUCAUCUCAGGGUCAGAUAAAGAAGAAAUUGAUGAUGAAGAAGAUAAUGAAGAUAGCAGUCUUGAAGCAUCCUCAAUAAUAAAGAAAAAUCAUCCUAUUUAG